GCGUAUUUGUGUGGCGCACCUGUAAAGAGCGAGACAGGCAGAAGCCGGCUUUUUUAAUUAUUUGAUUCAUUUUAUUUCUUCUGUUCUUUUUCCUUUUGUUUCAUGCAUUUGCUGAAAGGAACCCAUUUCUGUGUUUUGAUUUAAUAAAUAUUUCAUUUCCUCAUUUUAUCUUGUUUGUGUUGGCUUUUAUGUUUCCAAGUUUGAACUAAGAGAGAGCGGAAUCCAUCAUUUUACAAGCUAUUGGCCAGGUGUUUGAUUCAGAGAUUGUUUGCCUAAGGACGUCCGUAACUUUCAUUUAUAGAAACGACGGCAUCGACAAAACUAUCAUGGCAGUCAGACUGUGCGAUGUGGCUUCUCUGCUUAGAAGUGGUUCGUGGGCGGCUGAGCCUUGGACUGGGCAGGUAAUUGCCGCGAUGGAAACACAGCUGUCCAAUGGGCCAACUUGCAACAACACAAGCAACGGUCCCUCCACAAUCUCAAACAACUGCUCCUCUCCUGUAGAGUCAGGGAGCAUAGAGGACAGUAAAACUAACUUGAUAGUGAACUACCUACCGCAAAAUAUGACCCAGGAGGAGCUCAAGAGCUUGUUCGGCAGCAUCGGUGAAAUCGAGUCCUGUAAACUUGUGCGAGACAAAAUAACAGGACAGAGCCUAGGUUACGGAUUCGUCAACUACGUGGACCCGAAAGACGCGGAAAAAGCCAUUAAUACCUUAAAUGGCCUCAGACUGCAGACCAAAACCAUAAAGGUUUCCUACGCACGCCCCAGCUCCGCCUCUAUCCGAGAUGCGAAUUUGUACGUCAGUGGCUUGCCAAAAACAAUGACUCAGAAAGAACUGGAGCAGCUCUUCUCUCAGUACGGACGCAUCAUUACCUCACGCAUUCUGGUGGACCAGGUGACCGGUGUCUCUAGAGGGGUGGGCUUCAUCCGUUUUGACCGGCGAAUUGAGGCUGAGGAGGCCAUCAAGGGUCUGAACUGCCAGAAACCACCCGGCGCCGCUGAGCCCAUCACAGUCAAGUUCGCCAACAACCCGAGCCAGAAGACGAGCCAGGCGCUCCUGUCCCAGCUGUAUCAGUCACCCAAUCGAAGGUACCCAGGACCCCUCGCACAGCAGGCACAGCGCUUCAGGUUGGACAAUCUUCUAAACAUGGCCUACGGAGUCAAAAGCAGGUUCUCCCCCAUGGCCAUUGACGGGGUGACCAGCCUGGCUGGCAUCAACAUCCCGGGGCACGCAGGCACCGGCUGGUGCAUCUUCGUCUACAACCUGGCUCCAGACGCAGAUGAAAGCAUCCUAUGGCAGAUGUUUGGGCCUUUCGGUGCGGUCACAAAUGUGAAGGUCAUCCGUGACUUCAACACAAACAAGUGCAAAGGAUUUGGUUUUGUCACCAUGACUAACUACGACGAGGCGGCCGUGGCCAUCGCCAGCUUGAAUGGAUACCGCCUUGGGGACAGAGUUCUGCAAGUCUCAUUCAAAACCAACAAAACGCACAAAGCCUAAUACCCACUCGAUUGUUUCUAGAAAACUGCAUAAAAUGGAACGUAUCGACCGUAUACUUUCUACAUUAGUAAAAACAUCUUUGUAAAUCAGUGUUACGAAGGAAAACAAUAUUUAGCGUUCAACAAUGUGAUUUUCUUUUCUUUUCCUUCAUUGCUAAGCUUUGAAUCUUCUUGAUAUACUUUAUGUUGACACAGAAAAAAAAUACUGCAGGUUUUCAUGCCUGUGAUGUUGCAUUCUCUUGCUGUCUUUACAGAUGGACCUUCUAAAAUGUUACUAAUGUUUUUGUCAUUUUGUUGCACAUCUGCUUUGAAACAGUCUUGUAAGGCUUUGUGUAGUGAUUUACUUUGUAUUUUUGUGUCCUGAUUUGCCUUAGGUGCGUUAUGCCUUCAGUGGUUAGCAAGUACUUAUUUUGAACUAUUUGCGGUUUUGUUGAUUUUGUAAGUAUUCUGUUUAUCGUAAUAUGAGUUGGUUAUUGGUUGGCUGCAUAAUGUUGCUUAUUGUAAAAUUAAUGGAGAAAAGACAAAAAAAAUUCUUAAAGCAGUACCUUGCCAAAGAGCUAAGAACCUCUUUGAUGUGGGUUUAAAAAGCAUCUAUUUUUAUAAAAAGAAAAAUUUGGAGAAACUUUUUACUGGACCUGGAACAAAAUAUUUUGACUUGGAUACUUUGAGAAAUAUCUUCAUAUGACACCUUGUGAGCUUUUGAACUUUACCAGAAAGUUUGCAGUGGUUGAAAUUUCUGGAGAGAUUUAUGAUGUAAAAGAUACCUUUUGAGAUCUUUGUAUUAUCUUUAGAUUCUAGAAUCAAUGGCAGUGCUGGUUUCGUUUGUAAAAUCAUCUGUGGGUCGUCCCAUCAUUCUGGUUGUUAUAUGACUAGCAACUCGCUUUCCGAUUUGAUUUCGAAAUGGACAAAAAUAACAAAGGUUUAUCCGCAAAAGUGCAUGCAAAAUUAUAACGUGGAGAUAUCUUAAAAGGUAAACGGGGGAUAAAAAUCAGUUCUUCCUAAAGGAUUCCCUUCAGACAGAGCUCAUGGUGUUUUGUGGUGUACUUAACGCUGUAUCAUUAGACUGACUUUGUCUUAAUAUCAGCCAAUAAGGGUUUUUACCUACUUUGUAUGAAAGAUGGAGGAGGACAAGCCGAUGAAGGCAGCAGCUUAAGAAAACUAGUUUGAAUGAAGAAAAGAACGGAUUACUCCUGAGCUUAGAGCUAUGUAAAUAAGUCCUUUUUUAUGUUGAGUAUUUGGCAAACUUCUUUUUUGUUCUAGUUUGGACUUCAUUGCAAAGUGCUUUUUUUCUUUUAAGGAGUAUGUAAGGUAUUUUCUUUUUGGAUAUUGCCUUUUUAUUUCAGUUGUUUCCCUUCAGUUAAAAUAUUUGAUUUGUUGUCCUAUGGACUAGCAUUACAGUGCAUCAAAUUUGUUGAUUGUUUGGUCUGUAGAUAGUCUUGCUUCGUAAAAAAGGUAUUAAGAAACUAUAGACAUUUUUGUUUUGUUUUUUAUAUAUAAACAUUAUAGAUAUAUAUAUAUUUAUGUGGUAAAGAAUGGAUAUAAACCACAGUUUUGAACUAUUUGAUUACCUUUUUUUUUCAUACUCAUAUAUACGUAAUGCAUAUAACCUGUCUUUAAAAUCGUAAAAAGGUGUAUAUUGCUUUAUUCACUUUGGGGAAGGACGGUGAAGCAGUUCCAUGACCAUGGCAAAAUGGGUCGCAAGAGUUCGACUACCAACGUCUUGCUUAUCUCAAACAAACAAAUGGAGGCUGGUCAAGCCUUAGAUGCACUGAAUACUGCACCUGCAUCCUGCUUGGUAUUUAAACCAAUUACUAGUCAUGCUUCCCCUUAAAAUGAGCAGUGUGCUAUGCAUUAUAUAAUUAUCUUUGCAACUGCUUUUUUCUUGUUUAUCUAUUCCUUCUUUGGGUUACUUGUAAAAGUUAAACUUUAAGUCUAGAUGAUUUGUGAUACUUGCUGCUGUGGGGUAGGGGCUACAUUUUUCAUGCCUGACCCUCUCAUUAAUGAAAGUAACUUUUCUUUUUGUAACAGACUACUACUUCAUGAUUGGGUUCUGAAAUUGUGCUGACGGCCCGGCAUGAAAAAAUGUUCCUCCCACCCUCUUAUCUCGAUUCUUAAUGUGAGAAUGAUUAUUUAUUUGAAGUUGUACAGUCUGACUUGGUUCACGGCAUUUUUGGAAUAGAAUAUAUCUUUUUGUUGAGUAUUUAAAAGGAUGUACAUGUUCUUUACUUUGUGUUUGGAUACUUUGGAUUUUUUCCAUGUUCAGUACAUCAAUAAAUAAGUUGAAGGGCAA